UUUGGUGAUAAAUUUUUCAUCAUUUUCCGCCGAUUGUUCAAUUAUUGUUCGGAUUACAAUGGUUCAUAAUUAAUCAACAAGUCCAUUGACACCUGAUUGCGCCGACCCAGCAAGGGAUACAUCGAUAAUUUGCAUUUUAAAGGAUCACGGAGCGACAUAAAGCUGCGAAGGGUUUCCGCGCCGAAUGACGUGGAGAAAACAGCAGGUCCAAACACUGCAGCGCUUUUCCAAACGAUUACGGCAAAGAUUUUAGUUCGGGUUGCGAAUAGGCGGAAAACAGCAGUACAAUGUUCGAAAUUACCGACACACAGAAAAUCGGAGUCGGUUUGGCUGGCUUCGGAAUAACGUUUUUGUUCCUGGGCACUCUUUUACUAUUCGAUAAAGGACUACUGGCAAUAGGAAAUAUACUAUUCGUAUGUGGGUUAGCUUGCGUGAUUGGACUAGAACGAACGUUUCGCUUUUUCUUUCAAAAGCACAAAAUGAAGGCAUCGAUCGCAUUCUUCGGGGGUAUUGCAAUCGUACUGCUCGGCUAUCCAUUGAUCGGUAUGCUGAUCGAGAUGUACGGCUUCAUACUGCUGUUUAGUGGGUUCUUCCCAGUGGCCAUAAACUUCUUGCGUCGGGUACCAGUGCUAGGCAACAUCCUCAAUAUGCCCGGCAUUAGCAGGACUGUCGACUGGUUGGCUGGCGAAUCGGACCGAACAACGGAAAAUGCUUACACCAACUGAGAAAACAUUGUACGACCCACCAUACUAAACCAGGAAAAACGAUGCGAAUGAAGCGAAAGAGUGUGUCUGUCCGAUUGGUACUGGGUGGUUUGAUUUAAAAUCUUAACCAAUAAAUGAAUCGUUACAG